AUGUACAUUCUCAUUUAUGUGGAUGACAUUUUGAUCACCUGCGCAGACAAGCAUGCUAUUGAUGAGUUGUUAAAAUCGCUCCAUAGUGACUUUGCAAUCAAGGAUUUGGGAAGUCUGAAUUUUUUCUUGGGUAUUAAAGCUAUUAAGUCAAAUGGGCAGCUUAUAUUAUCUCAACAUAGGUACAUGAUAGAUAUACUUCAAAAGAAAAAAAUGCAUGAAGCUAAACCCAUUAGUACUCCCAUGGCUACCUCUAUUAAUCGUAGUGCUUUUGACAGUGAAGAUUUCAGUGACCCAACACUUUUUCGUAGCACAGUUGGUGCUUUCCAGUACUUGUUAGUCACUAGGCCAGACAUAGCUUUCACUGUUAACAAGUUAUCUAAGUUCAUGCAUAAACUGAAACUUGCCCACUGGCAGUCAGCUAAAAGAGUACUUCGGUAUCUAAAACAAACUAUUAACUAUGGUCUUGUAUUUAGCAAGUCAAGCAACAAAACUUUCCAAGCAUUUUUAGAUGCUGACUGGGCUGGGUCUUGUGAUGAUCAACGAUCGGCGAUCGACUGGAGGAUUUUGUGUGUUCCUCGGGCCAAAUGUUAUCUCAUGGAGUUGCAAAAAGCAAGCAACAGUUGUUCAUUCAAGCACUGA